ACCAUUGUAGAUUGAACAAUACCAAUACAUGCAAAUUAAUACCAUUGCAUAAUAAUCAAUACCAAUGCGACAAAAACCAUACCAAUGCAAAAAAACACUACCACUACGAAAAAAUCACUACCAAUGCGAAAAAAAUCAGAUCUAGGGUUUUUAUUCAUCCCACCUUUUCCAGCCGCAACCCUGAGUCGCAGGAGUGGAUGGAGUACGACUCCUGAAAAGCGUCGAGAGUUAGAACCUGAGCCUCCUCGUCGCCUUUUAGGUCACCGUGGCAGGAGAAGAGGAUCUUGGCGAUGAAUUCGGGGUCGUCGGAAAGGAGGCGGCGCCACGACUUGCUGACGCAGCGAAAUCGGGUGAUGGAGGCAGGGGUCGGCAGCCUGGACAAGAUUGCUAGCUGUAGUUCCUCCGGUAGCCACUGGUUGACGGGGCGGCGCCGGCGGACUUGGCUUGUUUGUCCGGCGGAAAUGCACAAGAACAACAGAAGAGAGAGAGAGAGAGAGAGAGAGAGAGAGAGAGUGAUCGGAGGAGGUGGGCGGAUGGUGGGGGGCAGAGAGUGGAAGAGAGGGGAGACCGAGUGGAGGUGGGCGGAGGUGGGGGGAGGGGUGAUGCCGUCGUCUAGGGUGGGUGGAGAGAGGGGAGGGGAGUGGAGGAGGUGGGCGGACGCCGUCGUCUAGGGUUGGUCUAGAGGGAUGGUAGAUUAGGGUUUGAGUAGAAUAUAUAGAAUAAUCAGGUGUGGACUCUUUUUUGUUUCCAAAAUUACCCUAAAACAAAAUUAACCACGAGAUUAAAAAAAGAGGAAAACAAGAAAAAUGAACGGCAGAUAGUGAUGUAGCCAUGGUGGCUACUAAAAUUUUAGUUGCCACCCUAACUCAUCCCCUUGUCUAGUCUAGUCCGUGGUUUACAUAUUAUUAUGUAAAAUAUAAUAGUGAUUCCACA